ACCUGAACCCAACCUGUCCCUCUCCGGCCUGGGUAGUAAACGAGCAACUUGUCACUGUUUUCUCUCCAUGUAAACGUGCUUUCUAAGAACUUUGUUGUAGUCAAACCUGUUUUUCCACUCUGUCCCUACCCAAGAGGAUCCUAUUACCGGAAGUUGCCUAUCUUGACACCUGGGCGGACUCCUCAGGAGUCCAGUAAAAAACAGACGCAGUCGUGUUGUUGGAAAAGGAAGAAACUGGUCGAGAUGCAUGUCAGCGGUUUGGUUUCGGUGGCUUUGUUCUUUUUCGCAGCGACAGGUGUAAGCGGCUUUUCAGUCACCACCAGCAACCCCGAUGUGCAGGUGAAAGAAAAUGAUGGGACUGACCUUAAAUGCACGUAUUCAGCCGACUUUGGUUCAAGCCCUAGACUUGAGUGGAAGUUUAAGGAUCUAAAAGACUCACAGUCGUAUGUGGUCUUUGAUGGGAAACCAACAUCGCCGUAUGCCAGCCGAGUGACAUUGUACGGUAGUAAUCUGAGAUUCUCCAAAGUGACCCGCGUUGAUAAUGGAGUGUAUUACUGCGAGGUGACUGGCAACGACGGCCACUUUGGGGAAGUCGAAGUGAAGCUGACUGUUCUGGUGCCUCCAUCUCCGCCCCUGUGUAGGAUCCCCGACUCGGUGACGACCGGCGGGGUGGCCAUGUUGUCCUGCAAUGACGCUGCCGGCUCACCGCCGCCCCAAUACAACUGGUACAAAGAUGGCGUCCUUCUGCCUGCUGAUCCUAACAAGAUUUCUGGUUUCAAAAAUGCCACCUACAGGCUUAAUGCAAAGACUGGCAACCUGGAGUUUCCGGCUUUAACCAAGAUGGACUCCGGUCAGUACUUCUGUGAGGCUUUCAACACUGCUGGUCCUCCUCAGCGCUGUGCAGUCAAGUCAAUGGAAGUCCGUGACUUAAACACUGGAGGAAUUGUUGCUGGGGUAAUAGUGGCUCUGCUGCUAGUGAUCCUGCUGGUACUUGGCGUUUGGUAUGCCAACAAGAAAGGAUACCUGCCCAAGAAGAAGGAAAGCAAACCAAAGCCCAGCGUGGUCUACCAGCCCACGUCAUUGCAUGGUGGUGGUGAGGAAGAAGAUGGGGAAUUCAAACAGAAGUCAUCAUUCGUGGUUUAGUCUUCAGUGACGGCAGGAGAAAACUUUGGUCUGAUGUCUCUGGGCAUGGAAUUUUCCUGAGGUUUUUAGUGACGUCUUCUUAUUUUCUCCUAAAUUGAAGUUUUUAUUGACCGGUGUCAUUGUUUGUUGACAAGACCUGUCUCAGAUACAUCAAUGCUAUAGGUUUAAUUUACCCCAGGUUAGGAGACCUCUUUCACACAUUGCUAGGUUAUUUUAAAAGAAUAAGCAGUGGCUACUAGUGACCCAUUUUAGCCUCGGACAUUUUUUCCAUCUAUGUUUGGAGUGUGUGUUUCUGUGUGCUUCUGAUUUUCUGCGCCUCCUAAUAACAGAACUAUUGUUCAAAUGAUGCAUCUGCAUGUAAAGGCAUCAAAUCAGAUGGAGUACAGAUACUCCCAGUACCCAAAGGAAAAUUGAUACAUUAGAGCCACAUUUUUAUUACAUGUACUGAUCUUUCAACUUAAUUCCCUCGAGUACAUCUCUCUUAUCACUCGGUCUGUGUAUCUAAGCUGAAACAUUGAGGAAACACACUUGGAUCAUAGAUUGAGUGUCUCUGAGAUCUUUGUCUUUUAACAAAACAGGUUGUGAUGUACAAUAUUCUUUUCAUAUUUAAGUUUGUUUUUCUUGUAAAUAAAACUGUUUUCACAUUUGUAAUUUAGAACAAUUUAAAAAGCAGUUAUCUAAUCUUCCUGCCAUUUAAAAUGAGACAACUACUGCUUGUAUGAUAUUAACAUUGUAUGUGCACAUUCACUUUAACACAUGAAUUCUAGUCCAACUACUACCUUUGUCUGGUUGUCUUCUGUGUUUGUAACUUAAUUACAUUGGCUAAGGAAAUUGGUAUUUAACAGGGUGUAGAUUGACAGUUGAGUAAAUUUCCCUUUGAAACAAACUGAUGUCAGCAAUAUUGCUGCACUUUUUAAUGAAUCUGAAACUUGAGUGUAAUGAUGUGUUAAACUAUUUUAAUGGUUACCUGCUUGUUUAUAUGGCAUCAUGUGUAGCCUUAUCAUAAUGAUUAAUUACCCAAACUGUCCAAACAUGAUGGUCCUAAUACUAGUUCUGUCUACUUUCAGUAAAAGGGCAUUGGUUUUAUUUUACCGCAAAUCCUCAGGUCAUGUGUUAAAGUGGUUAAGGUCAGACAUCGGUAUAUCAUGAGUUUAUAUAACUUUAUCAGGUACAAUAUUUACAUUACAAACAAUAAGUUGUCUAAGUUGCUUGACUUUUCCUUUUGUAGAAAAUGUAAAGCUGAUGAGUCAGCUGAUGAUUGUAACAUUGCUUUAUGUAUUGGUUAAUAAAAUGCUGUUGA